AAAGAUCGUUCAAACAAAAGUAAUUGAAGUAGUUGGUCGUAAUGGCGGCAUACGGUGCCGUGACAGUGUCCGUUUUAGCUCCAAAUGGCAGGCGGCAGACGGUGAAAGUGGGGUCUAGCACACCGCUGCUGAAGAUUUUGGAAGAAGUUUGCAGGAAGCAGAAUUUUACCCCAGAAGAUUAUGAUCUGAAGUUUCAGAGGACUGUACUUGAUUUGUCUCAGCAGUGGCGGUUUGCUAAUCUACCCAACAAUGCCAAACUGGAGAUGGUGACUGUAACCCACCAGAGAGCACCUGAAAUUGAAAAGAUGGUGCGUAUUGCUUUACAGCUAGAAGAUGGAUCCCGACUGCAAACCUCUUUGGCUUGUACUCAGACCCUCUGGGAAGUUCUGUGCCACUUCCCUGAGACAAGGAUUCUAGAACCAGAGAUGCAAGAUUCAGUACCACUGUGCAUUUAUAUGAGAGAUGAGAUUGUUGGAGAGGCAGCCUUGAAGGCAACAACAUUGAAAUCCUUGGGUCUGACUGGUGGAACUGCAAUUAUCCGGUAUAUUCAGAAGAAGUCCAGUGAGUCGGAUGUUAGGAGGAAUACAGAAAUAGAUGUUGCAGGUAAUGAUCAGUUAAUGAGUAAAGCACAGUCCGGAGUCCUGCAAGUGGAGUUAUCUAGUCCUGUGGUGGAGAUCUCUAUGUCUGAGGCGGAAGAAAUGGAAUCUGUUAAAGAGACUCCAGCUCUGUGCGUUAAGGACACCUUAGCCAAACAGGAAGAGAAAAGUAAAGAUGUUGAAGUGAUGAAGGACACAGACAUCCAUUCUGAAAGCCAUGCAGAAAGGGGGGAGAUGGAAACCGUACAUCGUGGAAUGGACAUAGAAGUAAAUUACAUUUUUCAGAAAACUGAAGCCAAACAAGAGGAGAAAGUUGUGAGGUCAAAAGAUCAAGUAGAAGAUGUCAGCAGUAGUGUCAACCAUAUUAGUAAGGAAGAACACAAACCCAUGGAAUCUCAGGCAGGCCUCUCUGUAGGACAAACAGAAUACUCUUUUAAGGAAAGGAAGUUAGAGCUUGCAACAAGCUCUCAAAAGUGUGCAUUUGUGCCAUUCUCAGGAUGUGGCCAGCGCUUGGGCUCAUCAGUAACAGACCAGGAGUCGUCAGAUAAAGUGUUGCAGUCUUCAUCACAAGUAUCAGUUGCUAGCCCUGAAGGGUCCCCAAAGCUAAAAAAGCCAAAAACCAAGGUAGAGGGACAGUGUGAUUCAUCCCAGACAAUUGAGAGAGAGCUACUAGUCUACCACCUGGACAUGGAUGACCCCCUACGAGAUGAGCUGUCCAAAGAAUUAGACAAGGAACUACCAGAAGACUUCCUUGAAGUGACAGUAGAUGAUGUAAGGAAACGAUUUGCUCAACUAAGAAGUGAACGGCAGCGUUUUGAAGAUGCACCUUUAAUGACUAAAGCAUUACGAGAAACCCAGUCACAGGAAAAGAUGCUUCGUUAUCCCAAGGUGGUGUUGAGAGUGCAGUUUCCGGAUAGAUACAUCCUACAGGGUUUUUUCCAGCCCACUGAAACAGUGGAAAAUGUGAAGGAGUUUGUGAAGCAGCAACUUGCAAGCCCAGACCUCUCAUUUUACCUCUUUGUUACUCCACCCAAGAUUAUUUUGGAGGAUAUGACAGUUACUCUCUUCCAGGCAAAUCUGUUUCCAGCAGCUGUUGUUCAUUUUGGCUCACCAGUCAAGAAACACUGCUAUCUGAAGUCGGAGCUUCUUGAAUUCGUGGUCUCGCCAUCUCAGGCUGAUAUCUCUGUUGCUAGCCUUAUGCCCAGAAGUGAUACAACUUCAUCCAGUCCAUCUACUCCAGAACCAACUUCUUUGAUCCCAACUGAAGUGGACACAGUAGUCAAAGAAAGCAGUAUGUCAUCUGCAGGUGAAGAGUCAUCAGAUCAGGAAGCUUGCACUGAAGCUCCAAAACCCAAGGUGACAGACCCCAGCAAAGUACCAAAAUGGCUAAAACUGCCAGGAAAGAGGUUAAAUCAAGGAGAAUAAUGCUGGACACAGAAGUACUGGACACAUCUGCAAAAAGUAGUCUUACAUAAAGGAUUUUGUUUUGCUGUGUUAUUUGAUGUAGAACCAUGUAAUAUCAAGUGAUCUGAAGCUCUACAGCUUAUGAAAAUUAUUAAUCUUGAUAGUUUUGCAAUAAAUUUUGUGAAAGCCUCAAAA